AUGUACCACGGCCCGUCGCCGUUGGGACCCACCAUGCUGUACCACCAACCGGACGGCUACGCGCCUGCGCCCUUGGGGCCGGCGCCGAUGGCUGCAGCGUCUUCUCACCAGCACAGCUCGACAUCUCCCCGGGGGUAUCCUGCUUCGCCGACCGCUGCCCGCGGGCCCGCGGGCCUCGUGCCCUCGGCGCCUGUGGGGGCGACGCCUCCCCGGAAAUCCGGGAACGCUUGCUUUCUCUUGGCGGUCGUUCUCUUGCUCUCCUUCCUCUACCUCGGCUAUGUCUUCAUUCUACUGGCUCCGCUCCUCUGGCCGUACCCCUCGAUGCUCGGCUUUGUCCUCUUUGUCGCUUUCCAUUGCUGCUUCGUGCUCCUCCUCGGCGCCUUCCUCAAAGCGGUGUGCACGGACCCGGGGCGCGUCCCCGCCAACUGGGGAUUCUACAUGGGCGACGAAAACAAACGCCGCAGAUACUGCAAAGUCUGCAACGUGUGGAAACCCGACCGAACGCACCACUGCUCCGCCUGUGGCCGAUGCGUGCUGAACAUGGAUCACCACUGCCCAUGGAUCAACAACUGCGUCGGCUUUUACAACCGCAAAUAUUUCAUCCAGCUCCUGAUCUACGCGAUUGCUUGCCUUUUCUUCAUCUUCAUACACGGAUUCUACUUCAUUUUCGUGGAGAGCAUUCGAAGCACACAACCUCACUCUCCGGAGAUUCACGCUCUCCCCUACCAGACCGAGACGUCGGCGGCGGCCGUUCUCAAAUACGUCUACGUCUGUCUUAUGCUCUUCUUUUCCAUGGUCCUCAUCUUUGCACUCAUUCCCUUCUCCAGAUUCCAUCUUAACCUCGUCCUCAAGAAUUCCACAACCAUCGAGAACAUGGAUGUCGCGAACCGAGACCGAAAUCGGUACGACUUGGGCGUGAGCCGGAACAUUGAACAGGUUUUCGGUUCCAACCCUUGCUGCUGGUUCGUGCCGGCGCAAUUCGCGGCGAACCGCCCCGUGGGUGACGGCGUGCGAUGGAACAUGCACUACAUGGUGGCAGACGAGCAGGUGUAG